UGCCAUGGAUUUCUUCGAGAGCCGUUAGGGCUCUAAAAAAAAACCCGGUGUUUUCUCCUCUUUCCCCUCCUUCGCCUCUUCCCUUCUCCUCUCUCUGUCUGUCGUUCUUCUCGCAGAGCCUCUCCUCUCUCGCUCUCUCCGUCCUAUCCCCCGUUUUCUCUUGUCUUUCCCCUCCGUCGCCUCUUCCCCUCUCCUCUCUCGGUCUCUCGUUCCUGUCCGCUCUCAGAGCCUCUCCUCUCUCGCUGCCUCUUUCCCCUCCGUCGCCUCUUCCCCUCUCCUCUAUCGGUCUCUCGUUCCUCUCCUCUCUUGCUCUCUUGCUCUCUCGUUCCUCUCCUCUGUCGCUCUAUCUUCAUUCAGACGCAGGACCUCAGGCACCAUCUUCAACAGGAAAUUUCUGUUCUUCCCUCUUGGCUACUCCUUUACUAAGUGGGUGUUGGAAAUUUCUGACAAACCCGGGCAAGAAGAGCCAGAGCCUGCAUUUAAGGCUGAACGCCUUUCUUCACCUCAUCACAUUUUACAACAUUGGCCUGGAGGGAAACUGAAGAGUUAAAGAGGGAGAGAGAGCAGGAGGGGGCAAUGGCUGAGGGCCUCAUCAGUGAUGGAGAGGAAAGGGAACAAAGGAAGCCAAAGCACAAGGGGAAGCAUGACAAACCCAAGCCAUGGGAUGACCCUUCCGUCGACCACUGGAAGAUUGAGAAGUUUGACCCCUCUUGGAAUGAGGGCGGCAUGCUUGAGACUAGCACCUUCUCCGUAAAGUUUCCAAGUUACAGAGAAAAGUAUUUGCAAGAAGCAUGGCAUAUUGUGAAGCAGGCACUUAAAGAGUAUGGUGUUGCAUGUGAGCUUAACUUGGUUGAGGGUACCAUGAGCGUUUCCACAACUCGGAAGACGAGGGACCCAUAUGUCAUUGUAAAGGCUAGGGAUCUUUUACGACUUUUGGCUCGUAGUGUCCCUGCACCUCAGGCAAUUAAAAUAUUGGAUGAUGAAAUGCAAUGUGACAUAAUACAGAUUGGCAACAUUAUUCGCAAUAAGGAACGGUUUCACAGGAGAAGACAACGCCUGUUGGGUAGCAACAACACCACUCUGAGGGCCAUUGAGUUGGUGACUGGUUGCUAUAUGUUGGUCCAGGGAUACACUGUUGCUGCCAUGGGUUCAUUCAAGGGCUUGAAACAAAUUAGAAAGAUCGUGGAAGAUUGCAUGAAUAAUAUACAUCCAAUAUAUCAUAUCAAGACUCUUAUGAUCAAGAGGGAGCUUGCAAAGAAUCCCACACUUGCAGAUGAGAACUGGGACAAAUAUCUUCCCAAAUUUAAAAAGAAAAAUGUUAAGCGGCCGAAGGUUAAGGCUAAAGAGAAGAAACCAUAUACACCAUUUCCUCCUCCUCCACAACCCAGUAAGAUUGACCUUGAACUGGAAAGUGGUGAAUACUUCCUAAAAGCUGAAAAGAAAUCUAGAAAGAAGUGGCUGGAGAAACAAGAAAAGCAAGCUGAGAAGACAGCUGAAAGGAAGAGAAAGAGAGAAGAGGCAUUUAUUCCUCCAAAGGAGAUGUCCUCUGACCCUACAAAGCCCUCUGCAAAUGGCAACAGUGAGUUGGCUGAAAUGGCUGCAUCCUUAAAGGCCAAGGCAAAGGCUCAUCGGCAACAAAAGAUGGUUGAAAAUAUAAAGGCAGAAGAGUACCUCGUUGCACCAGAAAAACAUUCAAACAAGAAAAAGACGCAACAAAAGACAGUUGAAAAUAUAAAUGGGGGGGAAGAUAUUGCUUUACCGGAAAUACAUUCAAAGAAAAAAAGGAGAGAAGAGGCUUGAGUGUCAGGUCCAUGAAUGUGGCAGCAUUCUGAAUUUUUGUCUGCUGAUCAUGGAAGUUUUGUUCUUGACCACUGUAUUCGAUAAGACAUAGAAGUUGGACGUGAUAAAUAAUCUGGUAAGUAAUAGUAGAGCACACUUGAGGUGCAAAGGAAAUCUGAAGUUCUUCCUGGUUUCCUCAAUGUGGAGGAAGCAAAAAGCAGAACUGCUGGACCGGCCACCUUCCUUGGAAAGGAAAUCGAGCCUAAUUAAUCGUAUUUAGUAUGAUUUUUUUGUUUUAUUUUUGAAGUGGAGACUGAUGGUUUUUGGUACCAUUUUUUCCCCACUCGUGUUUGAACGAUUGUAGGGCUUUCAAUAUUUUAUUGCCCCAAAAGUGAAAUGUAGUGAGGGUGGUGAUAAAUAUUUCAUUGUGUACAUUUAAAAUUUUACAUGCUCUUUAUCUAAACAAGAUUUGCAGAAACAAGGUUAUAUUUA